CACAACUUCCCUCUUGCCUGACUCUGAUGUGCUUUUCACAUCUGUUCACUGAAAGUCUUUUUUGGAGGCGUGUGUCCCGUGAGGUUGUACGCAGAAGCAAAUCCAAGAUUUUUUGAUGACGAUGUUGAUGAAGGUCGGGUUGUCCUUCUCUCUUCUGUCUAUUUGGCUGAGCUUCGGCAGUGCUGAUGCGAUGAGUUUGAAAGAGCCGCAGAUAUGCUACAUCUUGGACGCGGUUUUGUUCGUCUAUGGGAUUGUUCUCACUGUCCUGUACUGCAGAAUGAAGAUGCGAAGUAAAAAAGCAGAAAAAUAUUCAGGGAAGCAAGAUGCCGGCGAAGGGGUUUAUGAGGGUCUCAAGCCUCAUGAUCAGGACACAUAUGAGACCAUCAAAAUGAAAAAAGGAAAAGGAAAAGCAUAAGCCUCGAAGCAACAGGAAGGAAGCAAGUUUCUGGACUUAAUACCACUGUCAUCUAUAUCAUGUCUCUACUGCAAAUAAGCUUUGAAACUUAUUGCAAGAAGAAUAUUUUAUGUUUAUACUGUAAAAACUUUUGGUAAUCAUUUGGCUUUUUGUUCGCAAUUUGAUUGACAGGCAGACACCAAAUAGAGCUAAUCAAACAGAGUGCCUAAGGAUUUUUAUGUGAUUCUACUUGUUUAAUAAUUUAAAUGAAUGUAUUUUUUUCUGUUCGCCUUUAAUCUACAUUUGACGCUUCUAACAUGUAUACCACAGCUGCGUGUCACUAUUUUUCGAGGCUAACUUCCUGCUCUAGCUUCUAUAGCAACAUGCCACCAACCCCACAGAGUCCGAGUCAUUUCCUGUUUUAAAGAGUACAUGAGUGGUCUGACAAAAAGUGCAUCUGACUUUGACCACAGGUGUGAGAGAUGGAAACAGAGGUGUGCUUGAUUGUAUAUGUGUGUAGGCCUGUUCUUUCCAUUGGUUUACGAAUAAGCACCCAUAUUGUUUUGCUCUGUGGCAAAAAUCUAUUUUGUUUCCUGCUACAUGUGGCAUUCGAGAAAGCAACUAGAUAUGAAACGAAAGUUAUACACCACUGAUGGUCAGAAUUUACUUUCAGUUUAUUGUAAGAGUAAAUUUGUUGAUUCCAGUUUGUUUUACGUGACAUGCUUUUUUGUGGUCAAUAUCUAAUACUGUCAUCAUGAAAUGGUCUCAUUUCCUUUCCACAAAACAGUCUGUUUUCAGGUCUUGCAUUAAUCGAUUUGCAGAUACUGUAGUGAUUGUAAAUGUUUUAUUUUGCCGAAAUGAACAAGAAUUAAAUGUAAUUGUUUAUUUAUUUUGUUUUGUUUUUGUUAUUGUCUUAUAAUAUUUGAUCAGCUUGUAAUGUAAGCACACCUACAAUAUCUAAGAUGAGAAAAAUAAUAAUGAGAGAACCGUAUUUGAACAGCGAAAUUACAUGGUCUUAUUUAUUUCAAAAUUGUUUAUUUUUGGUCUUACAUCAGUAGAUAUGCAGAUAUUGUAAUGGAGAUUAUAAAAUUAACAAGAACUAAAACUUCUUUGUGUUUUUUAACAUUUGUGUGUGUGUGUGUGUUUUUUAUUUUAUUUUGUUAGUUUCUUUACUAUUUGAUCAGAUUGUAAUGUAGGCACACGUACAAUAUGUAAGAUUAAAAGUACUGCAUUAUGGUCUUUAUUUCAAAA